CUCUUGAUCACAUCGUGGUUCCCUCACGUCUCCCUAUCGAGACCGGCAAGCCCUAAUACAACAAACAAACGGACAGUUUGGUUUUCAAAGCCGGAUAGGCACGUGGCCUGGUCACACCUUCUCCUGCAUAUCUUCGAUCUUAACUAGCCUGCUACAGGUGCCCCCCGUCGUCGUCUCAAUGCUCAGUCCCGCCCGCAGUUCUCAAUUCCUUCCUGGUUGUCCGCUGCACUGACCAUUUCCGUGUUCUGAGUUCUGCACCGACUUCACCCAAUUUCCUCAAUCAAGUAAUCCCUUAUUCUUUGUUAUUGAACCAGGCAAUAUUUACACUUGCCGCGCUUUCACCUCUCUCGCACGAUCGCGCGACCUAGAACAAAGUUGCAGCCCUUACAGACUCGCCUCCUUGUCACCGUUGCUGUAUCGGCACCAUGUUCGAGUGCGGCGAUUGCGGCAGGGCCUUCCCUGCUGGCUGGCGGGCUCGCGACCAGCAUUGCGAAGCGACAGGGCAUAGUCGCCCCGAAUACGAGUGCGACAUUUGCGACGCCUACUUUGACAGCGAGUACUCUCGCCGUCAGCACAUGAUCCAGGAUCAUCUUUACUGCUGCGAUUGCGAUCGGUAUUUCCAGAACUUUAACAACAUCAAGCAGCACCUCAACUCCAAGACUCAUCGCGGCAGUACCAUCAAGUGCCCCUUCUGUGCUGCGAGCUACACCACCGCUGGCGGCAUGACUCAUCAUCUUGAGCGCGGCUCGUGCCCUUGCGCGGCCAAUCUGGACCGUCGCGAGCUCUUCCGACUGGUGCGGUCGCGGGACCCCCGAGGUCUCAUCUCGAAUCAUUCCAUCGAACCCAUCACCGUCACCUACACAGCCGAUCGGCGUUCGUGGAACGGCCGAGGCUACGAGUGCUCCUUCUGCUACCGCACUUUCGCCAGUCUCAGUGGCCUGAACCAACACCUCAAUUCCCCAGUCCACCAGGAAGUCCUGUAUCAUUGCCCGAACCAGCGCUGCGGUGUCGAGUUCAAGACGUUGGCUGCUAUCGUCAACCACCUCGAGAGCGAGACGUGCGGCGCCAUGCGCUUCGAGACUGUCCAGCGACGGAUCGGGGACAUCGUCAGCGGCAAUCGCAUGCUCCGCUUCUAGCGUUAUGGCUGCGACUGGGAUAUCUUGAGUUGUUGGAGGAUUUGUGGACCAUGUGUCGGAUAAAAUCUUGUAUCACAGCUCUUGGACCAGCGUUGUUUGAGGCUAGACGCGCGAUCUUCGGCCUCGGUCAGCAGCUGGGGCUUUAUUUCGGAUCCAGAUCACGGGAGAUCGGCGUUUCGUUUGACUGUGAGCGCUAUAGGCAUGUGUAGAGAUAGAUGUUAGUUAGUCAAUCAUGCGUGCUUUUACCCAG